UUAUUUUAUUACACGAAAUGUUGCAAUUCAAUCAAUAAUAAAUACGUUAACUGGCCAAUCAUUUCGCUCCACAUUACCGUAUUAAGAGAUAAAACCCCUCUUCGAUUUUGAGGUUAUGUGGUGCUAAAGCCGAGCAAAACGCGAUGUAUUUCCCCCAAAUUUGCCUAAUUUUUGCCGUUUCCACCGCCCUUGCGGUCACAGAGGAGGACGAAGGCGUGAAAUACGCCAAUCGGUGCGAAGUUUGCAAGAUAUUGGCAAUCGAAUUGGAGAGCCGGCUCGAGGAGACGGGCAAAACGCACGACGUGAUCGAAACCGGCUACGAAGUGGACGAUGUCAAGCCGAAGAAAAAGAAAGAGUACAAAAAAUCCGAGCUGAGGUUAGUUGAGUCUUUGGACGGGGUCUGCGAGCGCAUUUUGGAGUACAACAUCCACAAGGAGCGCGAGGACAGCACGAGGUUCGCGAAAGGGAUGAGUCAGACGUUCCAGACGCUGCACGGGUUGGUCGAUAAGGGGGUGAAGGUCGAGCUGGGAAUCCCCUACGAACUGUGGGACAAGCCCAGCGUCGAGGUGACCAACAUGAAGACGCAGUGCGAGACUCUCCUGGAACAGAACGAGGGGGACAUUGAGGAGUGGUACUUCCACCACCAGGGCAAGCAGAGCCUCAAGAAAUAUCUCUGUGAGGAGAGGGCGUUGCGGAACGAAGACACCUCGUGUCUCAGCGAAGUCUUCAAGGGCGAUAAAGGCGCCCGAAGGAAAAAAGACGAAUUGUGAUUGUGAUAUUGUGCGCUCUCUUUAAUAAAACACUCGAAUAAGUUGUCUCGAA